UGUUAUACUCAGUACUCUUGUGAGUUCUGCUACAACUGACUCUUUUGUAGUUCUGUUCAUUUCUGUAGCCAUGGACGGAAAGAAAUUGGAGUACAAAGGUAAGGAAGCACUGAAAGAGAUAGAGAGGCUGACAAUGAAAGCUUCUGAAGUUCAAGAAAGCCUUUUGAAACAGAUCUUAACUCAGAAUAGGGAAACUGAGUAUUUGAAUAAGUAUAUGAAGGGAGACAUAAAUAUAACAGACAUAGCAGAGUUUAAGAGGUGUGUUCCAGUCAUCACCUAUGAAGGAAUCUUCCCAUAUAUUCAGAGAAUAGUAAAUGGGGAAGACUCGUCUCUCAUCACUGGUCACCCAAUAACAGAAAUGUUAUGCAGUUCAGGGACAUCAUGUGGAGAGCCUAAAAUGAUGCCAUCAAUUGCUGAAGAUCUUGAACGCCGUACCUUUGUGUACAAUCUUAUCAUGCCAAUCAUAAAUCAGUACGUUUCUGAUCUCGACGAGGGGAAGGCAAUGUUCCUCUACUUUGUAAAAGCAGAAAUGUCAACACCUUGUGGCUUACCUGCAAGGACAGUGUUAACAAGCUACUACAAAAGCAAGCACUUCAAGUGCCGCACACGUGACCCGUGGAACGAUUUCACAAGCCCAGACCAAAGCAUUCUAUGCAAUGACAGCAACCAAAGCAUGCAUUGCCAGCUACUAGCAGGUUUGGUUCAUCGCCGCCAAGUCCUAAGGCUCGGUGCUGUCUUUGCCUCAGCACUUCUUCGAGCCAUUUCAUUCCUUGAACGUAAUUGGAGGCACCUAUGUGAUGACAUACGCAAUGGUCAACUAAGUUCCUUCAUAACUGACCCUGGAUGCCGCUCAUGCAUGUCCACAGUGCUUUCAUUACCUGACCCACGUCUUGCUGAUGAAAUCACCAAAAUUUGUAGCCAAAAAUCUUGGAAGGGAAUUUUGUGUCAGCUUUGGCCUAAGGCUAAGUAUAUAGAAGCUGUGGUGACUGGGUCUAUGGCUCAGUAUGUUCCUGCUCUUAAGCAUUAUAGUGAUGGGAAAUUGCCUCUGGUUUGUACUAUGUAUGCUUCCUCGGAGUGUUACUUUGGUAUUAACUUGAAACCUUUGUGUGAUCCUUCGGAUGUGGCUUUUACCCUCUUGCCUAACAUGGGUUACUUUGAGUUCCUUCCUCUUGGACAUAAUGGGACUCUGUUGAUGGACUUUGAUGAAGAGGAACAAGUUCCCAAUGAUAAGCUCGUGGAUUUGGUGCAUGUCAAGCUUGGUUGCUUUUAUGAGCUGGUCAUCACUACCUUUGCUGGGCUGUAUAGAUACCGCAUUGGCGAUGUGCUUCAAGUGGUUGAAUUUUACAACAACGCCCCACAAUUUCGAUUCAUCUGCAGGAGAAACGUUGUGAUCAGCAUCGACACUGAAAAGACGAACGAAGAGGAUUUGCACAGGAGCGUGACUAUGGCAAAAAAAUUGUUAGAACCAUAUGAUGCUCUCUUAGUGGAGUACACGAGUUACCCCGAUACUUCUUCACUACCAGGACACUACGUAUUGUACUGGGAAAUUCUGCAAUGCGGCACAAAGGGAGAGUCAGAGACCCCACUUGAUGGAAAUGUACUUGAAGAAUGUUGCAUUGCAGUGGAAGAGCAAUUGGACUACGUAUAUAGACGAUGCCGUAGCAAUGACAAAUCGGUAGGGCCACUUGAGAUACGUGUGGUGGAGCCAGGAACAUUUGAUGCUUUGAUGGACUUGUUUAUUAGCCAAGGAGCUUCCAUCAAUCAGUACAAAACACCAAGGUGCAUUAAGUCUAAGAAAGCACUCAAGUUACUCAAGUCUAAAGUUACUGCCUCCUUCUUCAGUCCUAGAGAUCCCAAAUGGGGCCCUAAGAUGUGUUGA